AUGCUGAAACGUUUUCCCUCCUCGUUGACAAAGCUAGCCGCUCUCCGGUUGUACCGAUGUUUACCUAAAGACGCUUUCAUCGGUGAGCUUUUGAACGUUGUGCCUUUACCUCCGCUGGAGGACGGCUGGCAGAGACUAAACCCUCACAAACGAGUCAUUGAAGACUUAUGAGGUCCUGCUAGCAUCGCAGGAUGUUCAACAAGUCGUUUAAUACUCCUUUCGGUGGAGGGACGGGGGGGUUUGGCACCUCGUCCACCUUCGGUCAGCAAAACACGGGUUUUGGGACCACGGGAGGCUUCGGGACGUCAGCGUUUGGGACGACCACCAACACGGGAGGACUGUUUGGCUCCACACAGAACAAGCCUGGCGGUCUGUUCGGGUCCAGUACGUUCAGCCAGCCGGCGACAUCCUCCACCAGCACCGGCUUCGGGUUCGGUGCAGCCAGCGGCACCACCACCGGCCUGUUUGGCAGCGCCGGGACCGGCACCAGCGGUGGACUCUUCUCCCAGCAGAACAAUGCCUUCGGUGCCAACAAGCCCACCUCUUUCGGAAGCUUUGGAACGAGCACCAGCAGCGGCGGGCUGUUCGGCGCCACCACCGCCACCGCCAACCCUUUCGGUGGCUCCAGCUCUCUUUUCGGAGGCUCUGGGUUCUCGACCACGCAGCAGCCAGGAACAACCGUGAAAUUCAACCCUCCGACAGGAAGUGACACGAUGGUGAAAGCAGGCGUGACCACGAGCAUCAACACAAAGCACCAGUGCAUCACGGCCAUGAAGGAGUACGAGAACAAGUCCCUGGAGGAGUUGAGGCUGGAGGACUACCAGGCGGGGAGGAAGGGCCCGACCAACCCGAUGACUCCUGCGACGGGCGGUCUGUUUGGUGGAGCCACAGCAACCUCCAGCGCUGCCACCGGCCUCUUCGGCUCCGCGGCCCCCAACACCAGCUUCUCUUUCGGGCAGAACAAAAGCACUUUUGGUCCAACUUCAGGGGGCUUCGGCACGACUACAGGCGGUCUGUUUGGCCAGCCGAACCAGCAGCAGGCCGGCAGCCUCUUCAAGCCCUUCGGUCAGCCGACCACCACUCAGAGCUCCAGCUUUCCCUUUGGCAACACCACCACGAUGGGACAGCCCAACACCAGCAGCAUGGGCUUGUUUGGAAACACGGCAGCUUCCCAGUCAGGUGGGUUGUUUGGCACAGCUCAGACCAGCACCGCCACUGGUUUUGGAACUGGUACGGGUCUGUUUGGCCAACCUGCUGCUGGAUUUGGAAACGUUGGGACGCAGCCCAGUUUAUUUGGUAAUAAAACCGCCGGGUUUGGGACCACCACCACCAGUGCUGCGUCCUUUGGAACUGGCACUGGUCUGUUUGGAAACAAGCCCACUCUCACGCUGGGAACUGGAACCAACACCUCCACCUUCGGUUUUGGUGCCAAUCCAGCUGGAGGGGGUCUAUUUGGGAGCAAGGCAAACACUGGUGGCCUGGGAACCGGACUGGGAACCAGCUUUGGGACAGUUGGCGUGGGACCCACUCUGUUCGGGAGCAACCAGAACAAACUGGGCACCACUCUGGGAACGAUGGGGACGUUUGGAACAACUGGAUUCAACAGCGGAACGAGCACGCUGGGCUUCGGCGCGCCGCAGCAGCCCGUCGCUUUGACUGAUCCGAGCUCCAACGCCGCCCAGCAGGCCAUGCUGCAGCAGCAGCUCAGCGUCCUGACAUACUCGCCGUACGGAGACUCGCCACUGUUCAGAAACCCGCUGUCAGACCCCAAGAAGAAGGAGGAGCGUCUAAAACCGACCAAUCCGACAGCCCAGAAAGCUCUGACCACGCCCACCCACUACAAGCUGACCCCCCGACCUGCGACCAGAGUCCGUCCCAAAGCCCUGACUUCCUCUGGAGCUUCCAAGUCUCAGCUCUUUGACGGUCUGGAUGAUGACGAACCUUCGCUCACCAACGGGGCUUUUGUACCUAGGAAGAGCAUCAAGAAGCUAGUUCUGAAGAACCUGAACAGCAGCCAGUUCAGCAGUCCUCUGAACAAAGAGAGCGAUGACCUGGCCUCGCCGUCGGAGUAUCCUCACAACGGACACAGCCGAGUGGAGGACGAGGAGGAGGUUCCAGGUCCGAGCAGCCGAACCGACGACGACCCAGAAGUCACCCAGUUCUACGUCAACCCCAUCGCCAAGCCCGUCCCUCAGGGCCGAGCCCAGACCAGCUUCCAGGACACCAUCAGCGAGCUCAACAUGCACAAACCGUCCAGGAACGGCCUGGAGCUGAGCAGCGAUGACGUGUCGGCAUCUCUGGGGGAGGAGUCUCUGCAGGAGGACAGAGAGGAGGAGCAGCAGGAGACCCAACAGUCUCCUCAUCCUGCAGGAAUUAUUCUGAACCGUGUGGGGUACUACACCAUCCCCUCCCUGGAGGAUCUGGCUGAGAUGGUGGAUGAAAACGGAGAAUGUGUCGUGGAAAACUUCACUGUCGGCAGGAAAGGUUACGGCUCUGUCUUCUUCCCCGGCGAGGUAAACGUGACGGGCCUGAACCUCGACGAGAUCGUCCAUUUCAGACGUAAAGAGGUCAUCGUGUACCCAGAUGACAAAAACAAGCCGCCAGAGGGGGAGGGGCUUAACAGGCGGGCGGAGGUGACUCUGGAUGGCGUUUGGCCGAACGAUAAGACGGCCUGCACUCAGAUCAGGAGCCCUGAACGUCUAACCGACAUGAACUACGAGGGCCGGCUGGAGAAGGCGUCCCGGAAACAAGGAGCCCGCUUCCUGGAGUACCGCCCAGAGACCGGAUCCUGGGUGUUCGAGGUGGCCCACUUUUCCAAAUAUGGCCUCCAGGACUCCGACGAGGAUGAAGAUGUCCCGCCUAAAGCCGACCCCAAGAAGCUAAAGACGAUGAUGUCACUUCCUGCCGCCAGGCUGCAGCAGCUGCUUCCUCCUUCCCAGCAGCAGUUGGCACCGCAGGCUCAGUCCACCGUUGUGGAUGUGGCGAGCGGCGUGGUGGAGCUGGACAGCGACAUGGCCGACAUCACUCAGAGCCUCCCAACAGAGAGCAUGCUGGGAGCGGAGGAGGAUGGCGAGCUGUUGCCGGGGGAGAUGGACGCCGCCAGCUGGAAGCAAGUUGGCGGUUCAGCGACCUUGGAGCACAAUGGCGUCUCUGCGUCCAGCCACAUGGCCUCAUCUCUGGGGAUCAACCCGCACACCCUGCAGAUCAUGAAGGCGUCUCUGUUUGCUGAGGAUGAGGACGAGGGCGACAUGUUCCAGGAUCAGGGAGCGAAGAAGGUCGCCGACGUCUCGUCUCCUCGCCUGGUCCUGCCGGGAGCUCUGGGUCGGCUGUCAGUUGGUGGUCUCCUCCAGGCUCGUUUCACCUCCGGCCUCCUGUCUCAGGUCUCUGACUCCCCCCGGCCUCUCCUUCCUCCUUCCCGGCCGUCUCCGGUGGCUGAACCGUCCCGUAUGUCCGACUGGAAGAGCCUGGGUCCAUCCUCAUUCAUGCUGCCUUCCAGAACUCCAGAACCUUCCAUCAGGACGGUCGGGGUCCGGCGGCUGGGCGGGCCUGUCCCGCUCAAAGCAUCUGUGACUCGGGGCAAGGGGGAUCUGCUGAUGGACAUGGGGCUGUUUGCCAUCCGCUCCUUCAGGGUGGGCUGGGGGCCCGGCUGGACGUUGGCCCACUGCGGUGUCCGGCUCAGCUCGUCCACGUCCAAACAGCUCGAAUCUCAUGAACUCGGCACCAAGACCGACUUCAGCUUCCUACCGAAACCUGCUCGGAGCAGACCACUGACAGAGAGUCCCUACAAGGUGGUCCUGGAGCAGCUGGUGGGUCUGGAUCCUCCACAGGGGAAGAGCUGUGAGGAGGAGGAGGAGGAUGAAGAGGAGAGACAGAUGGUGCUGCAACGGCCUCUGGACAUCUGCCUGCAGCACAGCGAUAUCAGCAUCCCAGAUGGAUCCUGCUGCCCUCUGGUGCGACCGCAGGCCGGCGUGGCGGUGCUGCACGAGUACGCCGAGUGGAUCACGGAGCUGAAGGACAAGCUGGGCGACUCGGAGCCCCUCCUGGGUUGCUGGGCCGAGGUCUGGACUCUGUGCCAGGCCUUGUGGGGCCGGUUGGGCCCCUCGGACCCAGACUCGGAGACGCCCAGUGACUACGAGCAGCAACUGGAGAGGAGGAGGACGUUCUCCGCCUGGCUGUCCCACAGCGCCGCCCACAGGGUGGAGGAGGAGGUUGCUGUGGCGGGAAAAGGCUGCCACACGGACGCCAUUUUCAGUUUCCUGACGGGGAACCGCAUCAGCGAGGCGUGUCGAGUCGCACAGAAGGAAGGAGACCACCGUCUGUCUUUGCUGCUGUCCCAGGCCGUGGGCUCUCAGUUUUGCCGGGACCUGUUGGCCCUCCAGCUCGCUGACUGGAACCGGAUGCAGACGGACUGCUACCUGAGUGAGGAACGGCUUCGGAUCUUCGCCCUGCUUGCUGGGAAACCCGUCUGGCAGUCGUCAGACUCGGUGGUGAACGUCUGCUCGGAGCUGGACUGGAAGCGCUGCGUGGCCGUCCACCUCUGGUUCAUGCUGCCUCCGACGGCGUCCGUGGCCGACGCCCUUGCCAGAUACGAAGCCGCCUUCCAGGGCUCUGCUGAGGGAGGGAAGUACGCCUGCGCCCCCCUCCCUCCCUACAUGGAGUCUGAGCAGCCAGAGGAGGAGGAGGAGGAGGAGGAGGGUAAAAAGCCUCUGUAUGAUCUGUGUUUCCACCUGCUAAAGCUCUACAGUGACAGACACUACAGCCUGCAGCAGCUGCUGGACCCUCUGACCGUCACCUGGCAACGGCUGGACUACCGCCUCAGCUGGCACCUGUGGGGCGUCCUGCAGGCGCUGCACUACAGCCACCUGAGCGCCUCGCGGCAGGGGCUCCUGCACGCCAGCUACGCCGCUCAGCUGGAGAGCGCCGGCUUCUGGCACAUGGCCGUCUUCAUCCUGAUGCACAUCCCUGACCACAUGCAACGGGAGCGAGCUGUCAGGGAGAUGCUGACCCUCCACUGCCCCCUGCAGGAGACCAGCGAGUCGGUCCGCAGGGAGCGCUUCCUGACCGAGAGGCUGCUGAUCCCGGAGCAGUGGAUCCAUGAAGCCAAGGCCACCAGAGCCCACCGCCAUGCUGACCCACACCUGCAGGCCCUGCACCUGUACCGGGCCGGACACUGGAACCAGUGCCACCGGCUGCUCAUCCAGCACCUGGCCUCAGACUGCAUCAUCAACGACAACCACGACUACCUUCUGGAGUUCCUGGAGGGUCUGGCAGUCCCUGAACACAGCGCCACCAUCCAAGACUGGGACACAGCAGGAAGCGUCUACCUGGACUACAUGAGAGUGAUCAAGACUCUGCAGGACAUCCAGCAGAUGGAGAACGCCGGCUACGAGCUGGAGCGCCUCUACACCAACGUCACGUCUCUCUGCAGCAGAAUCGAGCUGCUGCCCUGCAGCACCGCCAGAGACCGCCUCGCCCAAUCAGAGAUGGCGAAGCGCGUGGUGAACAUCCUGCGUGUGGUGCUGAGUCUGCAGCAGGGCGACCUCGGCAUCCCGCUCGCCCAGCUGGCGCCGCACGUCAGCCGCCUGCCGAUGCCGGAGGACUACACGCUGGAGGAGCUGCGAGGCCUCACGCAGCUGUACCUGCGGCAGCUCAUCGUCAGCCAAUGAGAGCGGAGUGGGAGGAGCUUCCACAGCAGUUUGACAAUAAAAAGGUCUCUGAGAGUCCGUCCUCUGAAUUGUCACCAAACUGAGGUCACCAAAAAAAGAAAUGAUGUAAUGUUUCAGAUGUUUGUCCCAUAAUAAGAGGCCGGAUGGUAGUCCAAAAAAACCGUUUAAGUUCCAGAACCCACAAUUCAGCUUACGGAGUUCUGGUUUAAUGUUUGACCAAAUCCAGAGAUGAAGGUCUUCGUCCAGGGUUCACCUGCUCUUCAUCACGCUCUUUGUCCCGCCCUUGUCCUGCUCUUCGUCCUGCUCUACGUCCCGCCCCUUGUCCUGCUCUACGUCCUGCUCUACGUCCCGCCCCUUGUCCUGCUCUACGUCCUGCUCUUCGUCCUGCUCUACGUCCAGCCCCCUUGUCCUGCUCUUCAUCCUGCUCUACGUCCCGCCCUUGUUACCGACCUUUGUCCUGCCCUUCUUCCCGCUCUUCGUCCUGCUCUUUGUCCCGCCCCCUUGUCCUGCUCUUCGUCCCGCCCUUUGUCCUGCUCUACGUCCCACCCUUCGUCUCGCCCUUCGUCCUGCUCUACGUCCCGCCCUUCGUCCCUCCCUUCAUCCCACUCUAUGUCCCGCCCUUCGUCCCUCCCUUUCAUCCUCUACAGAAAUGAAAGAAAACCGGCGAGAUGUUUCUGAAAUUCCCUCUGGUCCAACGUUUGGCGUUUUUGUGACCUCAGUCGUGGUUUAUCGGCGGACUUUCGCUCCUCUUGGACGACUCGACUUCUUUUUGAGUAAAUCCAGGGUUUUGUUGAUGCAUCUGUCAAUAUGUGAAUACAGACGAUCUACGAUAUGAAACAGGCACGUUUAAUGUGCACAAAGUUUGUUUUUGGAGAGACGACUCAGAAAAAUAAGAUGCAAAGUGUAAAAAUAAAUAUUUUUGUAGCUUUUUUGGAGUCUGAAUGUAAAUCAGAGGCACGUUUUUGUUUUUGCUGUCGCUUCAUUGGACGGGCAGAUUUUCUAAGUGGAGUUAGUUUCACAGCUUGUCAGAAACCUUCAGGUCAUUUUAUCUACGUUUUAUCACCAAAUCAGACAUAUUUUAAUACAAAACCUUCACUUACCGAUUGUUUGGAUUUUCUUUUUGUUGCUGACCAACUCGCCUUGCUAUAAUUUUUUUUCUUUUCAAAAUUUAAUUUGUCACCUCCAGGAUGUGAUGCCUGAACUGUGUGUGUGUAGUUUACAUGAGUGGAUUCUGCUUUGUGUGUGAGCGUGUGCACAUUUUCCUGAUGAUGCUUUUGUUGAUAUUUUUUAAUAAAGUUAAGUAGAAAUAAA